ACACCUAUAUACUUCGUCCGGUUUUGUUUACUUAACGUUUUAGGAAUUUUCGCGUGGAUUAAGAAAGUUGGUAUAUUAACAGAACUAAAAUCACAAAUAACACAAAUUUACAAUUUUAUUUUUCAUACAUAAUUUUUUUUUGUUUUUACAAUCUUAAUCCAAAAACAAAUACAUAAAACAAGAUGAAAAAAAGUAAAUAUACUCUGAGCUACGCUGGCGUGAUUACGACAAUGAAGAACUCGAUUAGAGCGGUUGUUGAGUACUCCACCUGCGGCAGACUCGAUUGAAGCGGCUGUUGUGUACUCCACCGAUGACGGACCCGAUCGGAGAGGCUGCUGUUUACUCCACCGACGACGGACCCGAUCGGAGCGGCUGCUGCUUACUCCACCAACGACGGACUUCAAUAUGCAGAAGCAAUCAAAUUGAUCGUGGCAGCAGUCCUAGUAAGUGUUGGUAAAGGCUCUUCUAACAAAGCUAAUAGUGACGAUCAUGAUUCUGAAUAUGGAGAUUUUAGAGAGAAAGGUGACACUGUUCCUGUGGCUGAGGAAACAGAUAUUGAAAGUGGCGAUCCUACUGUAAGGAUUAUAUCAUCUUCUGAAAGUACCAUUGUAAUCGACCUCAACAUGAGACCAACGGAAGAGGAUUCUGAAAUAAUAGAGUUAGAUGUCGAGCAGCUAUACGAAGAAACUGAAGAUCACAUGGUUGGAGACCAAGGACCAAACGAAAAUGAAAAGAAUCAAGAUCACUUAGUUGGAGACCAAGGUCCUAACGCAAAUGGUAACAUCACUGCUAGAAAUAAAAGGGAUUACAGUAAUGUUCAUAGGUGGGCAGUGUAUAACGCUUUACUUGAAAGGAGUGUGAAUGGAAAGCUGGGUAAAAGUACCAAAAGAGAGGUAUCGAAUUUACUGAGGAUGCAUAUUCGAACGAUUCAAAGAAUAUGGAGACAAGCUAAAUCCACUCCCGCUGGUGUAUUGGUUGAUGUGUCCCAAAGAAGGAAAAAUAGAUGUGGGCGCAAGAAAAUUCUUAUUGACAUACAACGAAUCAUUGAUACACCUCUACAUCGACGGACGACUUUGAGGACGUUGGCUGAAGCCCUUGGGAUAAGUCACUUAACACUAUAUAAACGUGUGAAAGAAGGCCUUCUACGAUGCCAUUCCAAUGCUCUGAAACCACAUCUGAAAGAAGAAAACAAGGUAGCUAGAUUACGGUUUUGCCUAUCAAUGUUGGAUCCUAACAGUUUGAAUCAUGAACCAAAAUUUAUUGAUAUGUACAACAUUGUGCAUAUUGAUGAAAAGUGGUUCUAUAUGACCAAAAGAAAAGAGAACUACUAUCUACUUCCGGAAGAAGAAGACCCCAUACGGACAUGUCAAAGUAAGAACUUCAUUGGAAAAGUUAUGAUGUUGGUUGCAAUGGCUCGUCCGAGAUUCAAUGAUGAAGGAAUCGAAACAUUUUCUGGAAAGAUUGGGGUUUUUCCUUUUGUCACUUUUCAGGCUACACAAAGACGGAGUAGAAACAGAGAAGCUGAGACUAUGGAAAUAAAACCCAUUACAUCAGUUAAAAGAGACGACAUAAGANUAACACUAUAUAAACGUGUGAAAGAAGGCCUUCUACGAUGCCAUUCCAAUGCUCUGAAACCACAUCUGAAAGAAGAAAACAAGUGCUAUCCAAGCAUUACGACAUAA